AUGCGUGAGAUUGCCGAUAUCUCUAAUGUCCCUGUAAUCACUUCCAUGCAGGCCCCUGGUGCCGAUGCCUUCAAGUUGUUCGAUACUCUCUGCGUCAUGGAACAGGGACAUAUCAUCUACUUUGGCCCGCGCGAUCAGGCUGAGAGUUGGUUCCUCGGCUUGGGAUUCCAUAGACCUCCGCAACGCUCUGUCCCAGACUUUAUUGCCACUGUCGCAAACCCGGCAUUGCGCGCCGAGUAUCUUCAUGUAGACCUUGAUAUCAAUGCCUUGGAGGACGUGCCUCCGACCACGCCUGAGGAGUUUGCAGACCGUUUUGAGAGAAGCGAACUCUCCGCAAUGCUUGGACAGAAAGUCAUGGAGGCCAGCGCAAGGAAGCCGCUUCCGGAGCCGAACAUCGAAAUGCCUCACUCCCUUUGGCAGGUUGGACAGAAGGCAACUCUCAACAAACCUCGCCAUCAGAUCAAGGCCAUUGGCAGACGUCAGCUUCAGUUUAUAGGAGCAACAAAGGAUGCCCUGUUGGCUGACCUCGCUCAAAAUCUCAUUCUCGGUGUCAUGUUGGGCUCUAUAUUCUGGCAACUAGAUAAGGACGCUGCGGGUGCUACCACCAGAGGCGGCUUGUUGUUCCUCGCUCUUUUGUUUAUGAGUUUGGCGUCUCUUGCAAAACUUCCGGACAAAUCCUUUGUCACAUGA